AUGUGCUCUUUUAGCCCAACUAAAAAUCUUAAUUACCAUAAAAAUCAGGCAGAAAUUAAUUGUAUUGAUUUUGAUGACGAUGGCGAUUUGGCGCUUACUUCAGCAGCAGAUGAAUCCAUUCAGCUUUAUGAUAUGAAACAAGGGAAACAUAGAAGCACAAUUUACAGUAAAAAGUACGGUGUUACUCUUGCUAAGUUUACACAUAACCGUAUGAACUGUAUAUAUGCAUCUACAAAAGAAGACGGUCACAAAGGCCGUGUUCAUAGUCUUGAAGUCUCGCCUUUAGAAGACUUGAUACUUUCGGGUUCAGAUGACAAUACUGUUAGAUUAUGGGAUUUGAGGUCUCCUACGUGCCAAGGUUUAUUAAACACGCCUGCACCAUCAUUAGUUGCAUUUGAUCCUUCAGCAGUGCUAUUUUGUGUUGCCUCAGAAAAACUUAACUGCCUUUCUCUUUACGACGUCCGAAACUUUGAUAAGCAACCUUUUAGUGUUUUUAAACUUGACAGUAACAGUCGACCAUGGCAAAAGGUGGAAUUUUCAAAUAAUGGAAAAACUGUUUUAGUCAGUACAUCUGAAGAUAUUCACUAUCUUCUGGAUUCAUUUCAUGGUGAAAUCAAAGCAAAAUUAACAGGACAUUCACCUAUACCAAGACCUUCACAAAGGAAUUCAGGUCAUACUUGCUUUAGUCAAGAUGGCCGCUUUGUAUUUUCUGGAUCGGGCGAUAAAAGAAUCUAUAUAUGGGAUACAAAUAAACAACCUGAUCAUGAUUUAAGAUUACGUCAUAUUAAAGCUCUUAAUUCACCUCAACCACCUGCUUUAUUGGCAAUGAAUCCUAAAACAAUGCUUCUUGCAACAGCUAAUACAGAGCUAACACUUUGGCUUCCAUCGCUCAACAGAGAAAAAAACAAAUAA